AAAAUUAAAAUGAGUAGUGUCUCUUUUUAUUCACAUAAUGAAUGCUAUUGAAAUUAUCUUUUCUUUAUUUUCUCAUAGAGCGCAAGUGUGACAAAUUCAUACGCAAAGACAAUUGGGACAUUCCUUACAAUGACAUAUUAUCUUCACCUGUACAAGUAGCUGAUUAUGCUAGUUGUUGCGCUAAAUGCCAAGCAACUCCGGGAUGUAACGCUUUUGCAUACGCACCUUCAACAAAACUCUGUUGGCCAAAAACAAGUACUGGGGAUAAUGGAUAUGGAUAUUCACAUAGUGAUAGAAUUAUUGGAUAUAUGCAAAACAUUCGAGACAAAACAUUUUGGAAAAUUCCUGUCAUUGACAGGCAACGACAAGGAACACUGUAA